AUUUAUGUUUCUGACUCCUUCUCCCAAUUCUAGGAGUUCUGUCACUCAAAUUUCCUGAGGCUCCGACAGUCAAGUCAACGUGCUUGUUCUUUACUGAACUGUUACCCCACUGCUCAGAUGUGCCUCCUCUGGCCCGGGUGGUGCAGGAGGACGGCAAACUGUUGAUGCAGGCCGUGCUGGAGGGCAUCGGGGGCGGGGCCUCUCGGAGCCUGAUGGACCAGUUUGCAGAAGUGCUUUUCUCUCUGAACAAGCACUGCUUCUCUCUGCUCGCCAUGUGGUUGAAGGAGGCUCUGCAGCCUCCCGGCUUCCCGUCAUCGCGGGUCACAACUCAACAGAAAGACAACUUCUCACAUCAGAUACUCAGAGAACGAGUGAACAAGAGGAGGGUGAAGGACAUAGUGAAGGAGUUCACACUACUGUGCAGAGGGCUCCACGGUACGGAGUACGCCGCUGAAUACUGAAACUCUACCCUUUGAACUCUCGCCCAACCGGGACCUCUGCCCUCGCGCCACAGUUCUCACAAACCCCAACAGCGAAGACAUCAUGAAAUGAUUGUAAUGAUACCCCCCCCCCCCGCCGCAGCCGCCGCCAUCGCAGGACAAGACAAGGAACCCAUUCCAGACCUACCAUCGGAUUAAUGGACUAACUUUAAACCCCCGGUGGCUUCAGGGAGGCUGUCCUCUCUGCUCCCAUUUUCUUUUUCCGUUAUCAGAUUGAUUGUCUCUCCCUCCUCUCUCUCAUUUCUUCGAACGAGCUCCGAGCAGCGCUCCCAGCUUGCUGCCUCUCGCCUCCUUCUAUCUCUGUCUUGUUCUGCCUUUCUUAGACCUUCAUGUGGUUCCCUAGGUUGUCUCCUGGUGAUUAGCAUACAUAUGAAAUGGUAGUGGUGUUGUACGUAGCUACUUGACAUUAUUUUUCAGAAAUAAGCCAAAUGAAUUAUAUAAAUGUAUACGUAUACACAUAUAGAGAGACAGUGGUCAUCGGUCCUGCUGCUGCUAAUGGGAAGAGAGAAGGACCAAUGUCUGGAGAGGAUUCUGCAGAAGAGAUGACGUUAAUAGCCACGCCCCUGUGAUCUCUGCAUUUGCCAAAUUAUCACGAAAUGUUUUGUGAAUUUGUCCUCUUUUUUUUUUUUUGGGUGGAUUAUGAGUGGAAAAAAGAGCCGGAAACCACACAACUGGACUAAAAACAGUUUGCUCUCUUGCCCAGCCCUGUGUGCUCAGGGCUGUACCUCAUGUACAUAUAGUCCCACCCGGUCGUACUGCAGUCUCCUCGGAUUGUAGAGCGUCUCUUUUGCAUUGGUCCCUUAGGUAAAGCAGGACUGCCUGGAGUGAAGGCUAGAAGGAGGGGAGGGGGAGGGGGAGGGUGAUUAUAGUAGCUGGUAGUGAGAAAGAGGCAGAAGAUGGAGACUGAGAAGGGAACUGAGUGUUCGGAGGGAUGAAUAAUCCUGUCGAAGGAUGGCUUAGUCACUGUAAUCGUGCAAAAAUAUUAAUCGAGCUGUGCAUAUUACCAGUUAUUGCUGAACACUUGUGUGUGUGUGUGUGUGUGUGUGUGUGUGUGUGUGUGUGU